GGCCAUGCAGUUGCAUAACGUUAAAACUUCAGCGUGGGAAUAUAGAGGGAAUGUGACGUGAAGCAUGACAAUCAGUGGAUGUAGAUCAUGAUUUUACGUACAUUUAUUUGUGUUAUUCUGCUCACUGGAACAUCUCAUUCACAUCCUUCGAGGGAAAAAGACGUUAGGUCUUCACAUCGAAGUAGACGUCAAUUAACGUCUUACACAAUCGCUCCACUAUCUACAAGCACUGCAAAAUCCACCCCCAGGCCAUGGGGAUUUUUGUCCUUUCCAGUACAAGUAACACAUGUAUCCUGUGGCCAGGACCGGACUCGGCGAACAUCCCUUUCACAGGAACAGCUGAUGAAACUUUUUAUCAAAAAUGGUGGAAUAUUUCGACCCUCAUUAAUGGCGACAGACGAACAAAGUGCAUUUUCCAAUUUCCCUAACCUUCUUCCAAUUGGCCAGUCGAAGGAAAUUUAUAUAAAAGAUGUUAAAAUUCCGGUUUCCAAGCAAAAACUUCUAGCGGAUAUAAAUAAAUGGGACAGCUUUUUAAAAUCGGUUCCCAAACAGAAUCACUCGAUGUCGCCAGAGGAAAAGGACCAAUUCCAGAGUGCAAUGAAUGAUUUAAGUUCAGAAUUAGGAGAUUUCAUCAUUAGACGCGGAAUAAACCCAAAGGCCAUAAUAGACUUUAUAAAUGUUAAUGAUAUAGUCCAUCAUCCCAAAAUUAUCGAUUUCGUCAAAAAACCGGAUCACAGGUGGAGACGCCAAAUAUCGGACACCCAGACGCCGACCUGUCAGUUCAGAGGAAACCAAACUGAAAGUGGUUUCAUCAAUUUUUGUACAUCAUGUGUGACUACGACAGACCUCGGGGAAGAAAUAUUCCCGCGUUAUAUCAACGAAAUUGUGUGCAAUGUAGAACCAUGCUUAACAGUGAACCGAAAUCCACACGGAGCCUGUCAGGAAAACAUCUUGCAUUUAACGUUCCUCCGCCGCGCCCCCAAUGGAUGCCUCAUGGUCAUCAAGGACACAUCUCUUGGCCGUAUCAAGGAACUAACACAUUUAUGGGAAUCUUACACUCAGCGCAUUCGGGUCGGGUGUAGCUGUAAGCUUGACAAACGAUCCCGACUUAAACAUACCUUCGGGUUUGGAAAAUGACGACGAACCAUUGUGCAAUUUAUUAUCUCUCAAUUUGGCUUGUGUUUUAAAGACUCUGAUAUGAUUUUUUAUACACCACAAGACAUUUCGUACAUGUACCUUUCAAAAUUAAAUUGUAACAGUAAGGUAAAGCUGUUUGAUACCUUAUGAUGUUUUAUUAUGAUGGAUGUGAUAAAGUAUGUUAAGUUAUUUCUUAGUAACUGUUAAUUAUUGAUAGGUACGGGGUGUCUUGUGCUCCGAUUCCAGCUUUAGCAUUCGUCAUUCUGAAUAUUCCCCGCUUUAGCAUUCGUCAUUCUGAAUAUUCCCCGCUUACUUUCCAGCGACUUUCUACUUUUCUAGCAACGCCAGCUCCUGUGUUGACAAAGACACUAUUUUCGGCAUUUUUUAUUUUUUGUUACGACUGCAUGAAUAAAACAUUGUUUACAGUC